AUGGCGCACCAGACGGGCAUCCACGCCACCGAGCAGCUGCGGGAGUUCUUCGCCGAGGCGCGGGCCGGCUCCGUGCGGCUCAUCAAAGUGGUCAUCGAGGACGAGCAGCUCACGCUGGGUGCGUCGCGGGAGCCGGGGGGCAGCUGGGAGCAGGACUACGACCGGGCGGUGCUGCCGCUCCUGGACGCCCAGCAGCCCUGCUACCUGCUCUACCGCCUGGACUCCAGGAACGCCCAGGGCUUCGAGUGGCUCUUCCUGGCCUGGUCGCCUGACAGCUCCCCCGUGCGGCUGAAGAUGCUGUACGCGGCCACACGGGCCACGGUGAAGAAGGAGUUCGGGGGCGGCCACGUCAAGGACGAGCUCUUCGGGACCACGAAGGACGACCUCUCCCUGGCCGGCUACCAGAAGCACCUGUCGUCCUGCGCGGCGCCCGCCCCGCUGACCUCGGCCGAGAGGGAGCUGCAGCAGAUCCGCAUCGACGAGGUGAAGACGGAGAUCAGCGUGGAGAGCAGGCACCAGACGCUGCAGGGCCUGGCCUUCCCGCUGCAGCCGGAGGCCCAGCAGGCGCUGCAGCAGCUCCGGCAGAAGGCCAUCAACUACAUCCAGCUGAAGCUGGACCUGGAGCGGGAGACCAUCGAGCUGGUGCACACGGAGCCCACGGACGUGGCCCAGCUGCCCGCCCGCGUGCCUCGCGAGGCCGCCCGCUACCACUUCUUCCUCUACCGGCACACGCACGAGGGCGGCGCGCUGGAGUCCGUGGUGUUCAUCUACUCGAUGCCCGGCUACAAGUGCAGCGUCCGGGAGCGCAUGCUCUACUCCAGCUGCAAGAGCCGCCUCCUGGACUCCGCGGAGCAGGACUUCCGGCUGGAGAUCGCCAAGAAGAUCGAGAUCGGCGACGGGGCCGAGCUGACCGCCGACUUCCUGUACGACGAGGUGCACCCCAAGCAGCACGCCUUCAAGCAGGCCUUCGCCAAGCCCAAGGGCCCGGGCGGCAAGCGCGGCCACAAGCGCCUCAUCCGCGGCCCCGGGGAGAACGGCGACGACAGCUAG